AUGGAAAAGUACAGCCAGUUUCGCGAUCGAGGCACGGGCAUCGCGCCCUUCCUCCCGGUGACGACCCCGCUGACGGCCUUCUCGGCCGUGACACACACACUCCUCUUCCUCUUUCGACUGCCUUUCUUCAUCGCCUACGUCGUGAGCUACUUCUUCCUCUUCCACUGGCUCCCUCUCCCCGUCGUCGCGCGAAAGGUGGCCCUCUGGGGCCUCAUGGCCAUCCCAGGCAUAUGGUGGGUUGACUUGCAGCUGGAUGGGGUGAAGCGGGGCACCUUGGCGGACCAGCCGCGCGACCGCUUCCCCCACCCGGGGUCCGUCAUCGCCGCCAACUUCACCAGCCCCAUCGACCCGGUGUAUUUGGCCGCCAUCUUCGACCCCAUCUUCACAGUGUCGUACCCUGGCACGCGCCUGGUUCAGAACGUCGGCCUGCUGGGCGCCAUCUCCAGGGCCCUGGGUGCUGUCCGCACUGAGCCCCCGCCCAUGGCACGCCUCGUCACCGUCGAGCACCUCCUCCAUCUGUACCCGAGCCGCGUCAUCGCCGUGUUUCCCGAGUGCGGUACCACCAACGGCAGGGCUAUCCUGCCCUUUAGCCCCUCGAUCCUGACCACCCCGCCCGACGUGCACAUCUUCCCCGUCAGCCUGCGAUACACGCCUCCGGACGUCACCACCCCUGUUCCGGGACAGUGGCUGCGCUUUGUCUGGAGCCUUCUCUCCCGCCCUACUACUUGCGUUCGCGUCCGCGUUGCAGAGGGUCAGCUCAACUCGUCCACUGCCCUGGACAAUGGCGCUUCCUCGGCCCUGGCCUCAUCUUCCUCCGCCACCAGCCGGGCCGCCGAACCGGAGCUUUCGGCUAACGAGCGCAAGGUGCUCGACCGUAUCGGUGAGGCUCUCGCUAGGCUCAGUAGGGUCAAGCGGGUCGGCCUUACCAUGAAGGACAAGGCCGAGUUCAGUGCCGCCCUCAGAGGGAAGAAGAGAGCCUGA